CUCUCAAUCAUUUUAACUUAAACAAGUCCAUAUAUUUAUUUAUUUAUGUACGUAACUCUUUAGUGUCACAAUAGAAUUUUGCUUCUUCUACUCACUCUUCUGGUUACCUCUUCUAGCUCCAGAAACCACUACAAACAGAAAGAAAAAUGGGAACCACUGAUACAACCAAGCCUAACCUUGAUUCUUUAUUGAAUGAACGCAAAGCAUUUGAUGAAACAAAAGCUGGUGUAAAAGGACUUGUUGAUGGAGGACUUAACAAGAUCCCUACCUUAUUCCAUCAUCAACCUGAUAAAUAUGAGUUAGCCUACAACACAAGCCAUGUUAUUCCUAUCAUAGAUCUUGCAGAUAUUGAUAACAAAGAUCCAAGUAUUCACCAAAAAAUUGUUGACAAAGUGAAGGAAGCAUGUGAAACAUGGGGGUUUUUUCAAGUUGUUAAUCAUGGAAUCCCUUUGAGUGUUCUUGAGGAGUUGAAAGAUGGUGUUAAGAGGUUUUAUGAGCAGGAUACAGAAGUCAAAAAAGAUUUGUAUACAAGAGAUAGACAUAAAUCCUUUAUUUACAAUAGUAACUUUGAUAUUUAUAGCUCACCAGCACUUAAUUGGAGGGAUACUUUUACAUGUUACUUGGCUCCUGAUACUCCCAAACCAGAAGAUAUUCCUGUAGUAUGCAGAGAUAUAUUGCUAGAAUAUGGAAAACACAUGAGAAACCUAGGGACUUUAUUGUUUGAACUAUGCUCAGAAGCUUUAGGUCUGAAUCCAAACCAUCUAAAAGAUAUUGAUUGUGCUGAAGGAUUACUUGCUCUCGGUCAUUAUUAUCCUCCUUGUCCUGAACCAGAAUUGACUGUGGGAACAACCAAGCAUUCUGAUAAUGAUUUCCUCACUGUGCUUCUCCAAGACCAUAUUGGUGGCCUCCAAGUUCUUUAUCAGGAUAAAUGGAUUGAUAUUACACCUGUUCCUGGGGCUCUCAUAGUUAAUGUUGGAGAUCUUUUGCAGCUUAUAACAAAUGACAAAUUCAAGAGUGUGGAGCACAGAGUUCUUGCAAAUAAUGUUGGUCCAAGAAUAUCUGUUGCAUGUUUUUUCUGCACCGGUCAUAGGUCAUCCUCAAAGCUCUAUGGACCUAUAAAGGAACUAUUAUCAGAAGACAAUCCUCCCAUAUACAGAGAAACCUCAGUUGCUGACUAUGUAGCCUAUUUUGAAGCAAAAGGACUAGAUGGUACUUCUGCUCUUACACAUUACAAGAUUUGAACUAAGCAAUGUGGAAGAAAAAAUAUUAGCUCAUACAAAUAACUGAAUGGGGUGAUGCUUGUGUAGUUAUAUGAACCUUAAAUAUGAUGGUUAUGCUGUGGAUAAUUACAAAGUAUAUGUGUUUACCUAGUGAAAACAAAUGUCAUUUUUUUUUUGUCUUAAUCCUCCGAUUUAAAGAGACGGGGCCUUGAUAAAACAGAUAUCGACCAGGAAAUUAUUAGUCUUUGCCGGAACGACAAAGGCCAUUUGCUUAUGUUGCAUCAUUGUUUUCUUGGUAAACUUGCUUAAUGUAAGACUUGCUCGCCACCACGUAGGGCAGUAGGAAAAAGGCAUACCUUGUUAAUUCAACAACUUUCUACUAUGAAAUCUAAUUACUAGUAUAUAAUUUACCAUA